AUGAGCUACCAGAAUCGCUUCUAUCAAUACUUCUUGUCUGCAUUGGCCGCAGGUUGUUUGGGUUCCUUACUGCCAGGUUGCGCAUCCUAUCAAACAAAAGAGAAUGAGGAAAUCAUUGUGAAAGCAGCACAGCCAACAGCACCUGAAACAAAAGUCGCCACCACGAUUUGCAGGCUGGUACCUUUUGAAUAUAUUAUUCAGUCCAACGGCAAAAUAAAAGCACAGCGUGACCAGCUGAUUACUUCCGCGGGCAGCGCCCGUUUAGUGCAACUCCAUGCUGUCAACGGAAUGAAUGUUAAUGCAGGCUUCAUUAUAGCGAGACUGGAAACCACGGCCAUCGAGGCCCGCCUGCAGCGCGCCGAACUCGCCCGUUACAAUGGAGAGAAGGAAUACCAGAGCCAGCUGCUGGGCUAUGAAAAUUUAUUAAAGGAUAAAUCAACGGAACAGGCGGAGGCCAUUAAGAAAAAACUAAAGAUAGCGGCCGGACUUUCCCUGGCUGAACAGGAGAUCAGGGAAGCACAUCAGGAAAUGGAAAAAAUGAUUAUCCGGGCACCGUUUUCCGGAUUGCUGGCAGAUGUGAAAACACAACAGGGCCAGCAAUUGAAAGCAGGUGAUGAAAUGUUCCGCAUUUAUGAUCCUCAGCUCCUGGAACUGGAAAUAAAGGUACUGGAAAGCGAUAUUCAUGUACUCCGCCUGGGUACACCUGCUUCCGUGCAGCCCCUGUCCAGCGACAGCAGUUCCUGUACUGCCAAAAUAGUUCAAAUCAAUCCCUAUGUGGAUGAAAACGGGAUGGUGGCAGUAAAGCUUUCUUUACAAAACAAAACACGUCAGCCAUCCCGGGGAUGGCCAUUAUUUCCCGGAAUGAACUGCAGCGCUACAAUCCGGGUGGGCUUUGCCAGGGCUAUCACCGUACCCAGGGAAGCAGUAGUAAUGCGCAAUGGCAAAGCCGUUGUAUUUACACUCGAAAAAGGCCAUGCCCGUUGGAACUAUGUCGUUACGGGAAGGGAGAACGGGGAGGUGAUAGAAAUCAGGGAAGGGUUGGCAAGCGGGCAGAAAGUCAUAAUCACCAAUAACCUGCAGCUUACAGAUGAUACCCCGGUUACUGAGGCCAUACCACCGGAAAGAGGCCGGUCUGUCACAAGUUAUCAUCGUACAGCAGGAGAGCAUGGCGGGUGCUGUAAUAAACAGGAAAUGUUGUAA